AAAGGUAGCUCAUUUUCUCACAAAUUCCAUGUUCUUCAGAAAUGCAAAAUGACAAGUGCAAAAACAGUAAGGACAAAAACUACUCCCACGCCAUUUUCGACAAACGUAGCCAUGAAGAAACUCUUUCAAAACCUGACACAACACACAUAUCCUCCACCCCUUUCUCUCUUUAAUUGAACCCCAGAAAUCCCAAUUCCUCAUUCAUUUUCCCCUCCCUCUCUCCCUCCUUCUCCAGUAGCAAGUUAAAAAAAGCAAGAAUCUUGAACUACUUGUUCUAGUAAAGAUUUGUGAUUUCUCAAUAAAGCAAGUGAGUUGUGAGGGUUUGUUUUGAUCUUUUCUUGGUGGGGUUUUGAUUAGUUGAGUUACCCUUAAAGGAAAUUUUGGUUCUUCCUCUAUUUGGUGAAGUUUCUGUUUUUCUGCUGAGUUUUCAAAAUUUGGACUGAAAUGGUUGUUGGUUCAGAUUCUGUUUCUUGUUUCACUUGUUUUUAGUAUUGUAUCCAGUUGAAUAUGCUCUCUCUGUGUCUUUUUUCCUCUUUAUCAGUUCUUCUUGAUACUUUGUUAGAGCUUUUUGAAUUUGUCACUUUGGUUCUGUUUUUACUAUGUUUUCUGUUUGUUAAUUGUCAACAUCUGAGCCAAGAUUUCAUUUUUACCAAUUCAAUUUUCUGUUUUUCUGCUGAGUUUUAAAAAUUUGGACUGAAGUUGUUAUUGGUUCAGAUUAUUUUCCUUGUUUCACCUGUUUUUAGUAUAACAUCCACUUUAAUACUUCUGAGCUCCCACCCUUUUACCUCGCUUGGUGACUCGAACUGACAAACUUAGUAUCGAGGCGAGGGGUACUUACCAUCCGAGCAGCUCCCUCUUGUUUUUUUUUUCCAUUCAACCACUCUGAGGUAUGUGAGUUAUUUUUUUGUGGGGGAACCAGUAAUUCCUUGUUGUGAUUCAGUUUGUGACAAUGUUACAAGAUGAUGGUUCUUCAUCUGUGACAUCAUCAUCACCCCUUCAAGUAUUUCCCAUGAUGUCUGUAUCACCUAGCUUUGGUUCAUCAAACCAGUGGCUCAAGGAGCUGAAAUCUGAAGAAAGAGGGUUGUAUUUGAUACACCUUUUGCUUGCUUGUGCUAGUCAUGUGGCUUCUGGUAGCCUUGAGAAUGCUAAUAUAGCACUUGAUCAUAUUUCUCAACUUGCAUCUCCUAGUGGAGAUACUAUGCAAAGAAUUGCUUCAUAUUUUACUGAGGCUUUAGCUGAUAGGAUUCUCAGGAGCUGGCCUGGUCUUUAUAAGGCCUUGCGUUCGACUAAGUUAUCGGUUGUCUCAGAAGAAAUUCUUGUUAGGAAGAUGUUUUUCGAGAUCUUUCCGUUCUUGAAGGUGGCGUUUGUGGUCACAAAUCAAGCUAUAAUUGAAGCUAUGGAAGGUGAAAAGAUGGUUCACAUUGUGGAUCUUAAUGCUGCUGAACCCUUGCAAUGGCGCGCGUUGCUUCAGGACUUAAGUGCGCGUCCUGAAGGACCGCCCCAUUUGCGUAUUACUGGGGUUCAUCAGCAAAAAGAGGUGUUAGAUCAAAUGGCACAUGUACUUACUCAAGAAGCAGAAAAACUGGAUAUCCCUUUUCAGUUCAGUCAAGUAGUUAGCAAAUUGGAAAAUCUUGAUGUUGAGAAACUUCGCGUGAAAACGGGGGAGGCUCUUGCAAUUAGUUCAGUUAUGCAAUUGCACACCCUUCUUGCCCAUGAUAAUGAAAAGAAAUCUCUCUUUCCUUUUAAGCAUUCAAAUGGUGUUAACUUGCAUAGGGCACUUGUCAAUCAAAAUACUUUAGGGGAAUUUCUUGAAAAAGAUAUGGCUAAUGGUUGUAGUCCAAGCAAUGACACGGCUUCUUCAUCACCACUAUGUUCAACUGGUUCAGCAAAGAUGGAUAGUUUCCUCAAUGCUUUGUGGGGUUUAUCACCGAAAGUUAUGGUGGUAACAGAACAAGAUUCUAACCAUAAUGGGACAACUCUUAUGGAGAGGCUAUCAGAGUCGUUACAUUCUUAUGCUGCAUUAUUCGAUUGUCUUGAAUCCACGCUGCCAAGAACAUCAUUGGAGAGAUUGAAGGUGGAAAAGAUGUUAUUAGGUGAGGAGAUUAGGAACAUUAUAGCAUGUGAAGGGAUGGAACGAAAGGAGAGGCAUGAAAAGCUCGAAAAAUGGUUCCAAAGAUUCGACACAUCUGGUUUUGGGAAUGUACCUUUGAGUUAUUAUGCUAUGUUGCAGGCAAGAAGGUUGUUGCAGAGUUACAGUUGUGAAGGAUACAAGAUCAAAGAAGAGAACGGUUGCGUGGUGAUAUGCUGGCAAGAUCGAGCCCUUUUCUCAGUGUCGUCUUGGCGAUGUAGGAAGUGAAACUAAACUUAGUUUUCAUUGUAAGGUUUUAAAUUUUAUCUCUACCUUUUUUUGUUGCAACAUAAUGUGUAGAACUUCUGUUAGUGAAACUGCUAUCGACAUGUUUAGAGUCAUUCUAUCAUCUUGUUUGAUCUCA